AUGGCAGAUAUCAACGAGGUACUGGGGAAAUGGUACGAAGAAUUCCAACAGAUCCCUGCAGAGUGCCAUCUCCUCUGCCCACGAAUCAACGAUGAUGAUGACGAAAACUACAAGACUCUCGAUGAUCCCGACUCCAGGAUUUCGAGCGAAGAGAAGCAAAGUCGCAUUGAACAGAGCAAGAAGCGGAUCGAGGUCACCUACUGGAAUAGUUUGAUAUUCGGCUUCGAUAAACAGGAGGCUGGCAAAUGGCUGGAAGAUUUUACCGGAAGGCUUGAGAACUGUCUCAAAUAUUGCCCCGAAUGUGUCCUUAACUGGCACAUGAAGCGCAAGUAUCAUUUGCAAAUGUUUUCAGAGCGAUGGAACGAAGAAGCUGUUGCGCAGAUCCGUGAUUUGCUAGUCAACCUCGACGUCAAUCGAAUCGACCACAACUUGACCUGGGCGAAGCAAUUCAUAGAAAAGAUUGAAGAGUCUGGAGCCGUCUUCAAAAAAUCACAAUUUGGCGAGCACCUCACCGAGGUCCAUCUCGCCGUUUACGAGGCGCUAUGUUGCGUGGCCUACUUGGCUAACGCAGAGCAACGAGCCGUCUUCCAAUAUGUCUUCAUGCGCCUGCAGGGAAAGACGUACCUCAAGCUGGGAACCAAAGACCCGCUACCAGGAAUGACCUACUUCUUGUUUGACCAGAAGAACGAAGACCGCCGAAGAUGGGCAGCAGAGAACUGGAAAAACAUUGACAGUGGCGGCAUGACGGAGGAGCAGUUCGACUGGGCCGUUAACGAUGGCCUCGUCAGUUCAAUAGACGACAUUAGCAAGAAGGAUCUUUCUCAGGCUACCAGCGAAAUUUAUCUCGAGAUUGAACGCUUCUGGCAAGGCUUCGAAGGUAUCCUUAGGACACUCAAUGACGCAAUCAUUUUGAGCCGCCUCCGCAGCCUCGAAAUUCCAUCAGGGAGCUUCAACAUAUACGACUUGCUAUUUCGACAUAUUCAGUUUUGUCGGUCCGAAGGUGUACUUGUGGUCACUAUCAAGGUUCUUUGCGGCUUGUUGAAGAAGUCACCAAAGGCUUUUUGGGACGUCGUUGGUGACGCGCGUCCAAAUGUGAUUGCCGAUCUGCUAUUCGGCAGCCCCGUCUACAAGACUCUUCUGCGACAGUCUCUAGAGGAUUGCUGGUCUGUUGUUGACCUUGCGUCUCAGUUUACACCGUUUCCCACCUCAUGGAUCCAGCCUUGGCUUCAGUCCCUCAGCCGCGAUCGGAGAUAUGAUGCCUGCGAGGUGUUGAUGCACACUCUCUUUGAAACACUAGCAAAAGACUCUAGCAUCGGCGAACCUGGCCAGGCCGCCUGCGUUCGCGCUGGAUUUGAUGCGCUGACUUUCACCAUGAAGUCGUUUCUCGAUCCAGAAAUACUCAUUACGUCGGGAAGCACGCAUCUUUACGCCAGUGCUGCGUCGAGUCUUGUUGUCAAGCAUCUCAGCCUGAUUCUGGCAAAUAUGAAGUCACCCGGUCGAAAUGGAGAGAUUGAAGGCUGGACUACGUUCAAGGUUGCCGACGCUGCCAAAGAAGUCAUGAGCUCUGCCAUGAAGCUGGACAUGAAACUGCUCUCUGAGGAAUACCAAGCUAUCCACGCCACCAAGCAGCUCCAAACAGCCAUCACAAGGAACUCUAAAGCGUUCUGGGAAGGGGUUUUGGAGAUGUUUGAUACAUCACCUGAACAAGUGGCCGUCGCAAAGGAUAUUUUUGUCUCGUUAGCGCCCCUCAUUGCGGUGGAACAGAUCAGGCCGCGGAAGAACGAGAACAAGCUCGACGACUCUGGCAAAGCGUUCAACCAGGCGCUGGGCGACACAGCAGAUGUGCUUGCUAGAAUACUCGGCCGCAUCUCCGAGCUUGAUGUCACAGAUUUGAAUGAUUUGUAUGCUGAUCGGCUCCCCUUUCAAGUCACCACUGCCUUGUCCGUACAUGAAAACUCGGAUCUCGCAGAGGCUUCUGCGGAAGUUUUGAAGAGCUGGACCGGGGAACUUUCUCGAAGCGGCGCACUGGAGCAGAUGACGCAGCACCAUCCAGAUCAGACGCUUGCAUCCAUUGUCUGGUCCCUGGAACGUGUCCUUCGACCCCCCUUUCCAUGGGGCCCAAUCAAACCUCUACUCAAUAUGAGUAGAGAUGUUCUCAGAGGCCUCGCAGACCCUUCUUCGGGAGUCCUUCGAGUCAGAACUCUCGACUCCAAAUCGGCCGCCACCGUCCUGCGCUGGUGGAAUGAGCAGUGGCGCUUUGUCUCCAAGGCUUGCCUCAACAUUGAGACGUGGUCUUUUUACAUCCCGAAUGCCAUCAUGACGGAAUUCUGCCGAGAGAUUAUGGAGCUUGCCGAAGGUCUCAUCGCUGAAGAUGGCCUCCUCACCUCUGCGACGGCGCUUGGUCGGAGUGAGAAGGACAUGAUGAUCAGGAUCCUAGCCCCAGCAAAAGACAACUUUCGUGGAAUGGAGAACAUGAUUCGGCUCAAGGAUCGCUGGCUCGUCGAUGUUACAGUUCGUGUUCUUUGCAAAAUUCUCAAACGACUUCAAGAAAAUGGCCUCGAGAUCAACCCCAACUCUCGUAAACUCAUCACAGAUGCUUGUCUGCCAACAGCCACUCCCGGAAAAUACGUACGAUCCACAAACCUGACCGACCAACAACGCGCAGAACUUCUCCAAGCGCUAGGACAAACCGAUGAAGAAGUGCAAAUCUACCAACAAGCAACAAGUGCACAGCAACGCCAAGAACAGGCACUCAAGGACAAGUCUAAGAAACAGAGUAAACUUGAUGCCUGGUCAAAAUCAGCGCCUGCAACUGCCUCAUCCUCAGCUACAACUAUAUCCAAGCUUGGUCGUUCUAACCGAGACGAUGUGUUGGAUUUCAGCAGAUCAGUCGAAAACCCACUGCUCAAACAAAUCGAGGCCCGUCAGGCCAGAGCAAAGGCUGCCAAAAUACCUGAUCAAAAGGCAAUCAGUGCCCUGAAGGAAAGUAGGCAGAGAGAAAAGCUGGAAAAGGCGAAGCGAGAUGCCGAGGCCAUUGCGCGGGCCAGGGCGCUCCGCGGGGAGUUUGUCAAAGGCGAAGGCUCUGGCAUUGCUGGCCUUGGUCUUAUCGGCAAGGAUCAUUCGAGAAGUGAUAUCAUGGUCAACAGUUCUGACGAAGAGUCCGAGGCCGAUAGCGACGACUCGGAUGCCGACAAUCAGCUUGCUGCGUUGAGCACGGGAGGAGCGAAAUCCCUAACCGACGCUGAGAAGCGGCGCCGACAGGCCCUGCAAGAUAAGUUGCGACAGCCAGUUAAGAAGACCAGACAGCAGCGCUCCGUCAAAGAGAUGAGAGCCCGGCUCAUCCCUCCAAUGGAUCGACUUCACAAUACCAUUCUCGCCUGGGACAUAUUCCACGGUGGUAACGACCCUCCAAACGGGCCCAAGGCCUCCGAGGUUGCCACCAAGUAUGUUGACCCGAGAUCAUAUCAAGAGACCUUCUUCCCGUUGCUUGCAUCGGAGGCCUGGCGCUCCUUUGUCACGUCAAAGGAUGAAAUUACCGCCCAGUCGUUUGGCAUGAAGAUUGCCAGCCGCGCAAGCGUCGACAGCUACCUGGAAGUGACGUUUACAAUGCCCGUAGCCCCGCAGCGGGAUCGUGGUGUCUUUGAGGGCGAUAUCCUCCUUGUAUCUGAGGCAGAGAAUCCCCUGGUGGAUGAAACUGCAAAGCAUUGCCUGGCCCGAGUCCAUCGUAUCACUUAUAAAAAAGACACCGUCGAGGUGACGUAUCGCGUAGCUUCUCGUAGUAAUCCUCUCUCGCCCCUCCUGACCCCUGGCGCCACCGUAUAUGGUGUAAAAAUCACCAACAUGGCGACCAUAGAGAGAGAGUAUGCCGCCCUGGAGAGUCUGCAGUAUUAUGAUCUUAUGGACGAGAUCUUGAAGGCAGAGCCAUCACCAAUUCUGCGCUAUGGAGAAGAACGCGUAUCCAAUUACAUGGGCAAUUGGGCUUUGAACCGAGGUCAAGCCCUCGCUGUACUUGGUGCACAAGAGAAUGAUGGGUUCACCUUGAUCCAAGGUCCCCCCGGUACAGGAAAGACCAAGACCAUCGUAGCAAUGGUCGGCUCUCUGCUGUCUGACCAGCUUGCGCAAGCUCCUCUCGCUGCAACAGGAGUUCCUCUCGGGGUUCCAAUGAGACCUACUGGUAUCCCUGCAGGCAACCAGGCCCGGCCAAAGAAGCUCCUCGUUUGCGCGCCCAGUAACGCCGCUGUAGAUGAAUUGGUGCUCCGAUUGAAGAAUGGCAUCAAGACAGUGAACGGCAAAACGCGAAACAUCAAUGUCCUUCGUCUAGGCAGAAGCGAAGCUAUUAACGCCGCAGUCAAAGACGUUACCCUAGAUGAGUUGGUGAAGGCCCGUCUCGAAGGGGAUACAACCAAGGACAAGGCAAAGGCGGACAGAGACAAGCUACACGAAGAGGCCGCCGAGCUGAAGGAGCAAAUAGCGCAGCUCAGGCCAAGAUUGGACGAGUCUCGCACCCAGGAUGACCGAUCAUUGUACAACUCUCUGUCAAGGCAGUUUGAUGAGCUGAAGCGAAAGCAAAUGCAAAUCGGAAAACAAAUCGAUGCCAAUAAAGACAGCGGCAACUCGAUAGCCCGCGAGAUGGAACUGCGUCGUCGGCAGAUCCAGCAGGAGAUUCUCAAUUCUGCUCACGUUCUGUGCGCGACUCUCAGCGGAAGUGGACACGAAAUGUUCCGAAACUUGGAUGUGGAAUUCGAGACAGUCAUCAUCGAUGAGGCAGCUCAGUGCGUGGAGCUGAGCGCCUUGAUUCCAUUGAAAUACGGAUGCUGCAAGUGUAUUCUGGUCGGAGAUCCCAAGCAAUUGCCCCCCACAGUCCUGUCGCAGUCUGCGGCGCGGUUUGGCUACGAUCAGAGCUUGUUUGUCCGAAUGCAGCAAAACCAUCCAAAGUCGAUUCACCUGCUUGAUAUGCAGUACCGAAUGCACCCCGAGAUUAGCUCAUUCCCCAGCAGGGAAUUCUACGAAUCCCAACUGCAGGACGGCCAAGAUAUGAUGCAGCUUCGUCAGGCACCAUGGCAUAAAGAUGCCCUCUUUGCUCCCUACCGAUUUUUCGAUGUCGAGGGUGUUCAAGAAAAAGGUAGAAAGGGCCAAUCUCUUGUCAAUACAAGAGAGCUUGAAGUGGCGCUACAAAUGUACGAAAGAUUCAGCAGGGACUACCAUGAGUGUGACUUGACGCGAAAGAUUGGCAUCAUUACGCCUUACAAGGCGCAGCUAUACGAGUUGCGGUCUCGAUUCCAGGCCCGGUAUGGUGAAAAUAUCACCAACAUCAUUGAGUUCAACACAACGGAUGCUUUCCAGGGACGAGAGUGCGAGAUCAUCAUUUUCUCUUGUGUCCGAGCUAGUUCCACGGGCGGUAUUGGUUUCAUGACGGAUAUUCGCCGUAUGAAUGUUGGUCUGACGCGAGCAAAGUCGUCGUUGUGGAUUCUGGGUGACUCGCGAGCUCUUGUUCAGGGAGAGUUCUGGCGCAAAUUGAUCGUCGACGCCCAAGAUCGAGACCGAUAUACAAAGGGCGACAUUCUCUCCAUGUUCCGGCGCCCACUUGAAAAAGCGAGGCUUGACGCAUAUACGCCAUCAUCUGGUCGAAGCUCUGGUAUUUCAACACCGACAAACCCCCCACAACAACCCCCUCAGCAGAUGGAUGUUGUCAUGAGGGAGACGGCCCGUAAGGAGCCUACCGGUACACCGGCCGGCGCUACUAAUAACGGAAAUCCGGGUGCAGCAACAUCGUCUGGGUUAGAUGCCGUCACGCCGCGCUCAAACGGACCUCCAAUUAUCCACACAUCAGGCGGUAUGGAAGCGAAAAAGCGACCACUGGACUCUCCCGAGUCCGGCCAGACAGUAACGAAGAGGAUUGCAAAUGAUAAUUCGCGGCCGAGCGGUGGUCUUAUGGGUAAAUUUAGCCAGAGACCCAGGCCCAUUCGAGCCCCAACUGAUCCUUCUGCGAUGUCGUUACUUGGGAUGGUGCCCCCGGAACGGCCUCCGCCGGUUAUCAACCCUGAUGCUCCAGCGAUGCCAAGGCCGGCGCCGCCGACUGGUCCUGCAGCGGCGAGUAGCAGUGCGAAUCCACAAAUACCGCAGGGUCCACGGAAGAAGAAGAAACCAAACCCAUUUCUCCCUAAAAAGAGAUGA